AUGAACGGUUGUAAACAAAAAGACUAUUUUUACUAUUUUUUGCGUGCUAAGUUAUCAGAAAAUUAAAGUAAAAUCAGAAAUUAAUAUAUAUUAAAAAUAAAUUCGCAUAUUAAUUUUUGUUCAUAUAACAAAUUGUGUUAGUAGAAAGAAAAGUAGAUAAAUAGUUAGUUAGUUAACAAAAAAUAUCAUAUUUAGUUGAAUUGCAUAAAAAAUAACAUACAUAAAAUCUUAUUUAGAUCUAGAGUAAUUAAAAAAGAAUAAGCUUAAAAGAAAUCCUCAAAGCAGAUCAAAUAAGUUUUGUAAACAGAAAUAAGAUCGUUGAAGAAAAAAAUGAUUCUAGAGAAUAUUCAAAAUUAGUUUUUCAAUAUUCUCAAAAUUUUAGUUGAUAAAAUUUCUACAUUAGAUAGAUAAGAAAUAAAUUCUGAAUUUAUUUAUAAACUUCUGUAAACUUAAGCUAACUCAGAUUAAAUGAUCUCCCUCCAUUUUUAAUCUUGCAACAAUAAAGAUUUAUUUUUCAAGUAAAUCUAAUCAUCAGGGAUGUUAAACAAUCUGAAACUAAUAUUGCAAUUUAUGCUGUUAAUUUCUCAAUAAAAAGUUAAUCUCAACAAAUUAGCAGAAAGAAUUCCUCAUUUUACUAAAAUUUAGCUUUGCAAGAUUGACUUAGACUUACCCUUUGUUCAUAGCAGAAUAAAUAUCAUUUAGGCUAAGCAUCUAAAUAUUAGAUAGUGUGAAGCAACAGCAGUAUAACUUAAGUUAUCUCUUCCUUAUUAAAACUGUUAUUCCUCGUCAUACUAAAAGAUAGAAGACCAAUGCUAAAAAAUAGAAUUCUUAAAAAUGGAAAAAAAUAUGAAUCUAUCUCAUUACAUUUUAAAAGAGAAUAUAAAGUAAAAUGUAUUCAUAUCAUUAAACCAUCAAAAUAGAAAUUAUUUUCUUAAAGCAGCAAGACAAACAAUCAUACUAAAUUAAUCAAUCUACAAAAUAAGAACAUGA